AUGGUGCUUGGAGGCACCCUCGGGAGGAUAAGCAGCGAGCAGUGCAGAGCUUAUUCACGCGCUGUUGACUCGGGGCUUGAGGGCACCCUCCAUGCGGUUGGAGGCACCCUCAACGGCCUACUUAAGGAAGAUUCAAGUAGCAGCUUCAACAGAACUCGAAAUCGUAAUCUUCCUUCCGUGCUCUGCUCAAAGAACGACCCGACAAAGCUUGGACUACCCCAGAGCAACGGCCAGGCGGAGGUCACAAACCAGGAGAUCCUCAUAUGCUUACGAACUUGGCUCGGCCACGCAGGAGGUAGCUGGGUCGACGAGCUCUCAAGUGUCUUGUGGGCACUUCGUACGACUCCAAAGGAGGCGACCGGCGUAACACCAUUCCAGCUGGUGUACGAAGGAGAAGCGGUGGUUCCUGUAGAGGUUGGAGUAGAAUCCGACCGGUGCAACUCUACGAUGAAGUGCAGGAUGGAGCUCGACUUGGUGGAUGAAGUUCAGGAUAAAGCGGUUAUUCGGCUAAUGGCUUACAGAUAG